AAAAAGAUAAAGAACUUUAAAAUCAUUCAGGAGGGAAGGGGUGGUGGGCGGGGCAGAGGAAGAGGCCAUCUCUACACCUCAGUCGCCGGGCAGAAAUGGACUCCUUGGGCGGCGGCUGCUCGUUCCCCAUCCAGAUCCUGGUGCUCAGAGCCAGCCUCCUUCUAGGAUUCCAGGCUGUCAAGGACCCCAGCUCUUCUUGCACACUGAACAGCACCAUGGGGGGAUCUGCCCAGCUGCCGCUGAACUCCUCCUUGGGCCCCGCCAUCCGAGAGAUUGAGUGGACUUGGUACUGUGGGGAUAUGCAGAGGCUGCUUCUGGUGUCCUGGAAGCCUGGUAGCCCUAAUCCUGAAUGGUAUGAACUAGAAGACAAAUACAAGCGCAGAUUCAGCCUGACGGAGCUGGCUUUCUUGAGCAUCACAAACCUCACUAUGGAGAUGAGUGGGCUGUAUACAGCAGAAGUCAAAUUCCGCUCAGGACAAUCCAAGCAGGAGGCCUUUAGGCUUUGUGUAUACGAGCCCGUCCCACAUCCCCAAAUCCUGAUUCAUUCGUCAUCUAACACAUCAGGCUGGUGCAAUGUCACCCUGGAGUGUGGGACCCCAGGGGCCAGAGAAGACCUCACUGUGACCUGGAUGAGCAAAGACUCCUACGUGGAGCUGGAGCAGAGAGGGACACUGGGGUCAGCCCCCAACUCCAGGAAUCUAAGCCUGAGUUUGCCCAUAAACCAGUUGAAUGGCCAUGGCACCUGUGUGGUCAGUAAUCCUGUGGACCAGAAGAAUGCCGUGUUAGACCUGAGCAGCAUCUGUCAGUGGCAUGGUUCUCUUCCGAUCGAAUGGCUGUGGAAAGUCAUCCUUAUCUUGGUUCUGAUGGUGAGCAUGGGGACUGGCGCGUGGGUCUGGAGGCGGAGGAAGAUGGAGACCGAGAGAGCAGCUGCUGCCCGGGCCCUUCCCACAGGGGGCCAGGCCAACCUUCAGACCAGCGCCCUUGACUUUGUCUAUGCGGAGAUCAACCUCCUGAGUCCUCCAAAGGGUGACACGGAGGAGGGCGGCUGCCAUGCACAGAGCCCCGAGUUUGCUCCAGAGGCCCACACUAUCUACAAGGAGUUGCACUUGAACCCAGGGCCCACAGGAGACACCUAGACCAAAAAGACACUGGGGCGGUGAAGGACUUGGUACAAUCUGCCGUGUCUCCCCCUUCACCCUAGAGUCUUCAGAGACCGCUCCCAGAGGCAGAGCUGGGACUGGACCCCCCCCUCCCCCCGAUCCAUCCCAUGAGACAGUGAAGUGGCACGAGCAGCUCCCCUGGGAAGACACAGCUGUUGGGAUGGAGUCCCCUUCAUAAUUCACCUUGACACUUAAUCCUUAAGGCACAGUGUUAAGGCAUGUGGUGCUUGGUAGGGGAUUGAGUCACGAGGAUCACGGCCUCAUGAGUGGGGUCCGGUUCCCUUAUAAAAGUUCACCUCUUUCUGCCUGUCCACCUUCUGCUGGGUGAGGACACAGACUUUGCACUCUCUAGAGGACACUGUGGGAAGGCAGCCUGCGGGCAGCAGACCGCGCCUCUUAUCAGACACCAGGUGCUGAACUCCGCUGGUGUCUUGAUUGUGGCUUCUCAGCCUUUAGAAAUAGGUUUCUGUCUGACCAGUCUGUGGUAUUUUGCUAUAGCAGUACCAAUGGACCGAGAGUGUUCUCGCUUCACUGGUUACGAGCAGACACUGCUACUCGAACGUCCAAGUGUGAGAGGCAGACGCUUAAGAGGUCAGCCACGACUUCUGACCAACUUCGUGCAUAUUAGGGAGGACGCAUGGUCAGGGAGGGCCUUCGGAGAGACAGUCAGGGAGAGAGGUGCUUCCCUGGAGUGUCUGCGAGGAGCCCGCUGCCCACCAGUGGGGAGGAGGUGGCCCUUGAAUGUGCAAAAGCAGGAGUCCUGCGGAGACAGGAGCUGGGUUGGCGGAGGGAAGGGAAGGAGAUAUUUCUCCUGCACCACCGCCCACCAGGCUUCAUUCUGAGCAUGUGAACGCCCUAGCUCAGGCUUUCACAAAACCUAACUUAUUCCAAGACCCUUUUGCUUUUAUUACAUAACAUAUUCUACAUACAAAAGCAAAAAAGUAUAUCUUGUUGAAAUUGUGAUGUUCAAUUAAUUUGUUGAUAUAGUUAAUAGGUACUUCCUUCAAUAUAUCUUAUAAUCAUUUGGUAACAAUAAAAAAAUACAUAUAUACCAUAUAUAUGAAGCCAAGCCACUAAGUUUCCCUGCUGUUUAUAAAGUUUUUUAUUUAUCUCAAUGAAUUUCUAGGUAAGUAACCGUAUUAUCAACAAAUGAUUAAAACUUCUGCUUCUUUCCAAUCAUUGUGCCUCAUUCUUUCCUCUAGCAUAAUGGCAUUACUUAAUACCCUCCAAACCAAAUAAAUGACAGUGACGAGAAAAUAUGUCCUGCUUUGUUGUUAAUUUUAAUAUAAAUGGUUUCCCUUUUAAGUGUGAUUCUGGGAGAUCAAAGACUAUAUAUAUAUAUAUAUAUACAUACAUAUAUAUAUAUAUAUUACCGUGUUAAGGAAGUAUUUACAGCAUCCUAUUUUAUUGCAAGUUUCACCAAAAAGAAAACAUCAAAUGUUAUCAUUUUCCUUUCAGUAUCUAUGAAUAUAUGGUAUUGGUUUUCUGUUUCUCAUGCAUCAAUAAUCAAUAGAUUUUCAUUGCAUUAUUGGAACAAGCCCCAGCAGAUGUAGCAUUCUUUUGAUUAGCAACUGUUUGAAAAUACUUUUAUUUGGGGCUUUUGCAUAAUUAAUUAUUUAUAAAUAAAAUUCUCCUGUAGCUUCUUUUUUUAAAAGAUUUUUAAAUUUCUUUAAGAGGUAGAGUUACAGACAGAGGGAGAGUCAGAAUGGUCUUCCAUCUGCUGGUUCACUCCCCAAAUGGCCACAGUGGCCAGAGCUGAGCAAAUCUGAAGCGGCCAGGAGCCAGGAGCUUCUUCUGGGUCUCCUAUGCAAGUGCAGGGGCCCAAGCACUUGGGCCAUCUUCCACUGCUUUCCCAGGCAACAAGAAGAGAGCUGGAUUGGAAAAGGAGCAGCCAGGAUGUGAACAGGGAUUGCUGGCACCACAGGUAGAGGCUUACCCUACUAUGCUAUACAGCACUGGUCCCUUCCUGUGGGUUCUUAUGCUUUGUAUUGUCAGUUUAAUGCAUGCAUUAUGCUGUUAACGUAUGCCCUUUACCUUCACUUCUUAUACUAAUUGAAUUAAAAUUUGCUUUAUAGUCCAAAAAUGGAAUAUCUUUAGAGAAGAGUUGUCAGGGUUGGCGCUGUGGCAUAGUAGACUAAGUCUCUGCCUGUGGUGCUGGUAUCCUAUACGGGUGCCUGUUCAAGUCUUGGCUGCUCCUCUUCCAACCCAGUCCUCUGCUAAUGACCUGAGAAGGCAGUAGAAUAUGGCCCAAGUACUUGGGUCGCUGCACCCUUCGGGGAGACCCGGAAGAAACUCCUGGCUCCUGGCUUUGGAUUAGCCCAGCUGUGGCCAUUGUGGUCAUUUGUAGAAUGAACCAGAGGAUGAAAGAUCUCUCUCUGUCUCUUCCUCUCUCUGUAACUCUGCUUUGCACAUAACUAAAUAAACCUUAAAAAAAGAGAAGAGUUGUUAUUGCAAGGUGUCCGGCGUAACAAAUCUUCCCAGGCAGACGAAUCAACUAAUUCACAAGCUUUUAUUGGGAUUCCGCUCCCGGGUGAGGUUCCCGGUCCCAACAGAGCGGGGGGCUGGGAAAAUCACACGUCAGAGAUUGGGAGAGAUCCUUUUAUAGAUUCAGGGUGUGGGGGUUAAAGGUUGAGGCUGGUCUGAUCCUCAUUGGCUGACCUUUAGGCACCCGUGGGGACCUUGACAAGGACUCUCCAUUCCUGGAAGUAUAGGCCUUCCCUCCUUGCGGAUCCCAAAGCUACCAGUUAUUACCCAGUAUUGAUUUAAAUUAUUUUAUUAUGCCCCUUAAAUUUAUUAAAAUAUAAUACGAUGUAUAAGUAUCUUAUGCAUGUUAUAAACCAAAAAGUGUAUGUGAAAUAAAUAAAAAAUGGU